AGUUCAACGUUAGAAUGUGGCUCAUCUUACUGCAAGGAUUUGGGCUACCGAGAGCACUUUCAUUGUAUGGAUUGUACCGCGAGGGUAUUUUGCAAGAAAGAAGAAAUGAUAAGGCAUUUCAAGUGGCACAAGAAACGUGAUGAAUCUUUGGCGCAUGGCUUCAUGCGUUACUCUCCGCUUGACGACUGUUCUGAGCGCUUCAGCGACUGCCCUCACAAUAGGAGCCAAACUCACUACCACUGCAUCCAAGAUGGUUGCGAUAAGGUGUAUAUAUCCACGUCGGACGUACAAAUGCACGCGAACUAUCAUCGCAAAGACUCUGCCAUCCUGCAGGAAGGCUUCCAAAGGUUCCGGGCUACUGAAAGCUGCGCGGCACCUCAUUGUGUAUUUGCCGGACAAAGGACUACCCAUUUCCACUGCCGGCGACCUGGAUGUACAUAUACAUUUAAAAAUAAAGCUGACAUGGAAAAACACAAGACCUACCACAUCAAGGACGAAGCACUCUCAAAGGAUGGUUUUAAGAAAUACAUGAAGAACGAAGCUUGUCCCUAUAGAGACUGUAGAUUCAGUAGGACUUGUAAUCACAUACAUUGCAUUCGACCACAUUGCAACUACGUUCUCCACUCGAGCAGUCAGAUUUUCACACAUAAGAGAAAGCACGAGCGAAAGGAACAAGAAAUGAACUUUGGGCUUCCAACGUCGGUGAUACAGAGCGCACUGAUGCACCAAGGUGCGGAUCUAAGCAUGUACUCCCCUGGAAGUAACCUUCACAUUGAUGAUGAUAUGUCAAGCUCAAUGCUUGAUGACUAUUCUAAUCCUUACAAUCCAGCGUUAGUGGAUGAGGUUUCUCGGAAAUACAUAGAAGUAUUCAAUGGCAGUAAGGAAGCGGAGGACAAAUGUAGUAAAUGCAGCGCUCUGAACAAACACUAUCAUUGUCUAUUUGAAGGCUGUAAGAUGGCACAUAGUUGUCACAACACAAUGGUAAAGCACGUGUUAGAACACGAACAACAGAACCAAGUGACGGACGCCUACUUCAUGACGUUUUCACGUAACAAUCCUUGCGGCAAUUCCGCCUGUCAGCACAUCCGGGACAUCACGCAUUAUCACUGCACUUGGGAAAACUGUGGUGCUGUAAUCCUAUCUUCUGAAGAACAUCCGUUCCGACGAUUGGAACAUCAUCGCCAACACGCAAUUCUCAGCCCUAUGUCCCCAAACCUAGCAGCUAGAUUCGCUCCAAACUUUACACCCCAACUCUCAGCUCAAUUACACCCAAAUAUGGCGGCCCAAUUAGGCCAAGUGCCGAAUCUACCAAAUCUUCCGCCGAAUCUUGCUCAAUUAGCACAGAUGGCACCAAGUCUUUCUUCUCAAUUAACGCCUAAUCUACAGGCCCAAUUAAAUCUAGGCCCAAAUCCUGGCAUAGUGCCGCAGCAGGUUAACCCGUCUAGUUCUUUAGACGAAAUGUUUAGCAGGAAGAGAGGAAGACCACCAAAGAAUAGAGUGGUCGAAGUUUGGACUGAUAAUGUAACCCCACAAGCCAUUUUCACAUCAUUCAAACUACCAAAAAGUAAUCAAUUACCACCAGCAGUGCCUUCACCAGUCAUAGCUACUGUUGAAGAAUUUCCUCGCAUAAAGUUUCAACACUUCGAAGUUUACACAGUACCGGACACUUGUGCUCAAUACUACCCCAAUUGUCAACUAAGGAUGACCAGACUACACUUGCAUUGCUUCAACUGUAGCUUUACAGGAGAAACUCACAUUGUAAUGGAAACUCAUAUGAGAGAAUCUCACUCCAUAUCCCCACUUCUAGAAGGGUUCGAUUACUUCUCUUCCUUCGACCAGUGCGGUGGAAAGAGUUGUUUCAAAAAUCAAUUGAGAUCUCACUUCCAUUGUGCUCAAGGUAACAAUUGCCCGGCAAUUCUUACUCAGUAUUCAGCAUUAGCUACACACAAACAUGGAAGAGGAACUCCAGUUAUUAAAAGUGAAACAGAUCAAGAGAAAUCAUUUGACGAGGCCAAAGAUUAUUCUAUAAAAGAAAGAGCAUCUGCUGAUAGUGUUAGUUCUAUGAAAGAACCAAACGAAUCUUAUACUCCAACUAAUUUCUCUAUAAAGAGUGAAUUUGAAAGGGAACAGGACAACAUUUCGGUAAAAGCGACUGGAACGUUUUAUCCGUCGUCGCAUCUCCGAAGCAAUACCUCAUCACCUUCACCGAGAAGCAUUUACGAUGCAUCGCCUUCAAAGGACAUAAAGCUUCGUAUGGACUUUGAUCAGAAGAGACAAUAUGAGCCUCCAAAGCUUUCAGGACCAACAAUACCUCCGUCUUGUCACGAUCAAGCUUGUCCUUUGAAUAAGAAUGCUGGAGGAAUGAAUUUACAUUACCACUGCCCUCACUGCAGUCAGGCUUACGUGGAUUUGAAGCUGCUUUUCAGUCAUAUGAUGAAGAAACAUAGCAAUAUUAUGGAACAAGGACCUGUAGGAUUGCAAGCGACUAAGGAAACUUUAGAACGGGAGUAUCCAGAAAUCUCAAUACUACCGUCCACCGCGUCUUCCUCAACUGCCGGUCAAGUGCCUUCACCAAGUCAAAGACCAACUAAUCCGGCUGAACAAGUUCAAGCAGUGCAAAGUCUUUUACUCCAGCAGUAUCUGGCAGGCGGUCGCAAGGGCAGCCUUCAAGAUCAGUUGAAAAUGCACCAGCAAUACACGGCCUCGUUAGCAGGAUUGCCUGGCUUAGCACAAGUCGCAUUGUUCUCACAGGGAGGGUCACCAUUCCCACUGUACCCCACCAUGUUGUACCCGCCUGAGCUACUUCUAGAACAGAGCUUGAUGCAAGGUCAUGGUCUGCCACCGGGUAUGGACAAAGAAGCAGAGAUGAUUGCCAAAUCCAGGCGCACUCACACCACCAGAGGGCCUCACAUGCGGGUCAUGAAAGAUGAACCGAUACCAGAAGGGUAUUUGAGAUUCAGGUUCAAUGAGGAUUGUGCUUAUCAGCACUGCGGAUAUAGAGAACAUCAAACUCACUUCCAUUGUACUCGGAAAGACUGUGGCUAUUCAUUCUGUGACAAAACCAGAUUCGUUCAACACACAGCCAGACAUGAAAGAUUGGAUACACUAAUGGGCGGCGACUUCCAGCAGUACAGAGCCAACGUUUACUGCCAGAGACCCGAAUGUCCACAUGCUACAACAUUCGGAACAGGGCAGAACAAGGCAUCACAUUUCCACUGCUUGAAGUGCGACUUUGUGUGCACUGAUACCAACAAAGUGGUCGCACAUCGUCGUCAACAUCAGAAGCUCGACUCCAUACAGGCGGCCGGUUUCGAGAAGUUUCCGCCCAGCAAAGGUUGCGGUUACGAACCUCAAUGUAUCCACAGUAAGAAACAGACCCAUUAUCAUUGCCUGCAGUGCGGUUUCGCAGUUCUGGGUCUAUCACAGAUGACGUCACACAAGUACAAACAUCAGGAGGCCAACCUUGGACCGUCCACUAGCGCCACCAACUGACCAAUAAACUUGUCAUAUAAAUGCAAAAUUUUAACGAAACUAUUAUUUAAAUGUGUGUGCUUCGAAGCGUAGUGGUUUAUAGACGAUAUUGUAUACGAAAUUUUUAUCAUUAACCUUUGGUUUCUGAGCCCAAUAUUUCUGUAUAAAUCAUAUCGUCGUCCGUG